UCGGUGCGUCCGUGUGUCCGUCUGUCCGGCUGUCGGUCCGUCCGCCCGCCCGCCCGCCGCCCCCAUGCUCCGCGCUUAGCGCUGCCGGCCCCAGCCAUGUCCACCGUGCAGCUCUACACCAAGUACACUAGGGUUUGGAUUCCUGACCCUGAUGAAGUUUGGAGAUCGGCAGAAAUUGUCAAGGAUUACAAAGAGGGAGAUAAAAGCCUCCAGCUGAAACUUGAAGAUGAAACUCUCUAUGAAUAUCGUCUUGACCUCCAAGGGAAUGAGCUGCCUCUCCUAUGCAAUCCAGAUAUCCUGGUCAGAGAGAAUGACCUGACAGCCCUCAGCUACCUGCAUGAGCCUGCAGUCCUGCACAACCUCAGAGUCAGGUUCCUGGAGAGCAACUUUGUCUACACGUACUGUGGUAUCGUGCUUGUGGCCAUCAACCCAUACGAGGAGCUGCCAAUCUAUGAAGAAGAUGCCAUCUAUGCAUACAGUGGCCAAAACAUGGGGGACAUGGAUCCCCACAUCUUCGCGGUGGCCGAGGAAGCCUACAAGCAGAUGGCCAGGGAUGAGAAGAACCAGUCCAUCAUUGUGAGCGGGGAGUCGGGCGCUGGGAAGACGGUCUCUGCCAAAUACGCCAUGCGCUUCUUCACCACCGUCGGGGGCUCUGCCAGCAAGACGAACAUCGAGGCCAAAGUCCUCGCAUCGAACCCAAUCAUGGAGGCCAUUGGAAAUGCUAGAACAACAAGGAAUGACAACAGCAGUCGAUUUGGGAAAUACAUUGAGAUUGGCUUUGAUAAAAGAUAUCACAUCAUUGGUGCCAACAUGAGGACAUAUCUGUUGGAAAAAUCUCGGGUUGUAUUUCAGGCAGAGCAUGAGCGCAACUACCACAUCUUCUAUCAGCUCUGUGCCUCCUCAAGCCUUCCAGAAUUCAAAGAUCUCGGACUCACCUGUGCAGAAGACUUUUUCUACAUUUCUCAGGGAGGUGACACGUCCAUCAGUGGUGUGGAUGAUGCUGAUGACUUUGAGAAAACGAGGCAUGCCUUCACCCUGCUUGGAGUGAAGGAGUCUCAUCAGAUGACCAUUUUUAGGAUAAUUGCGGCCAUUCUGCACCUUGGGAACUUGGAAAUCCAAGUGGAACGAGGAAGUGAAGCCUGUAGUCUGUCGAGCGAGGACGAGCACUUGAAGAACUUCUGUGGCUUGCUGGGCGUGGAGCUCAGCCAGAUGCAGCACUGGCUUUGCAACCGCAAGCUCGUCACCACGGCUGAGACCUACGUCAAGAACAUGUCCCUGCACCAGGUGGUGAAUGCCAGGAACGCCCUGGCCAAGCACAUCUACGCCCAGCUCUUCAACUGGAUCGUGCAGCACAUCAACAAGGCCCUGCACACCACUGUCAAGCAGCACUCCUUCAUCGGCGUGCUCGAUAUCUACGGGUUUGAAACUUUUGAAGUGAAUAGCUUUGAACAGUUCUGUAUCAACUACGCCAACGAAAAGCUCCAGCAGCAGUUCAACUUGCACGUGUUUAAACUGGAACAAGAAGAGUACAUGAAGGAGGGAAUCCCUUGGACUCUCAUAGAUUUCUAUGAUAACCAGCCCUGCAUAGACCUUAUAGAGGCCAAACUUGGGAUCCUGGACCUGCUGGAUGAAGAGUGCAAGGUUCCCAGGGGCACUGACCAGAACUGGGCACAGAAGCUGUACGACCGCCACGGCUCCAGCCAGCACUUCCAGAAGCCCCGCAUGUCCAACACCUCCUUCAUCAUCCUGCACUUCGCUGAUAAGGUGGAAUACCAGAGUGAGGGAUUUCUGGAGAAGAACAGGGACACCGUGUAUGAGGAGCAGAUCAGCAUCCUGAAAGCCAGCAAGUAUCCAAUGGUGGCAGACUUAUUCCACGAAGAGAAGGGUGCUGUGCCCGUCACCCCCGUGGGAAAGGGAACAUCCAAAAUCAGCGUCCGUUCUGCCAGGCCAGCCAUCAAAGCUGCCAACAAGGAGCACAAGAAAACAGUGGGACACCAGUUCCGCAAUUCGCUGCAUUUGCUGAUGGAGACCCUGAAUGCCACCACCCCACACUACGUGCGCUGCAUCAAACCCAACGACGAGAAGCUGCCCUUUAAAUUUGAUCCAAAGAGGGCAGUGCAGCAGCUGAGAGCCUGUGGAGUGCUGGAGACCGUCCGGAUCAGCGCAGCUGGAUUCCCAUCCAGGUGGUCCUACCACGACUUUUUAAAGAGGUAUCGUGUGCUUAUGAAGAAGACAGACCUCGCUAAGAACGACAAGAAGCAGAUCUGCAAGACCCUGUUGGAAGACCUCAUUAAGGAUCCAGACAAGUUCCAGUUUGGACACACCAAGAUCUUCUUCCGCGCAGGGCAGGUGGCAUAUCUGGAGAAACUGCGGGCGGACAAGUUCAGAGCUGCCAUCAUCAUGAUUGAGAAGACGGUGCGGGGGUGGCUGCAGAGGGUCAAGUACCAGAGGCUGAGACAAGCCACAGUCGUCCUCCAGCGCUACGCUCGUGGGCACCUGGCACGGAGGCUUGCUGAGCACCUGAGGAGGACGAGAGCUGCCAUCAUCUUGCAGAAGCAGUUCCGAAUGCUGCGGAUCCGCCGAGCUUUCCAGAGGGUCCGCAACUCCACCAUCACCAUCCAGGCUUUUGCUCGGGGAAUGUUCGCCAGGAGGACUUACCACCAGAUCCUGGCGGAGCACAAAGCCACCAUCCUGCAGAAAUACGCCCGGGGCUGGCUGGCCCGCACGCGCUUCCACAGGGUGCAGGCUGCCACCAUCGUCCUGCAGUGCUACUACCGGCGCAUGAAGGCCAGGCAGCAGCUGAAGGCACUCAGGAUCGAGGCCCGCUCAGCUCAGCACCUGAAGAAGCUCAACGUUGGCAUGGAGAACAAGGUGGUCCAGCUCCAAAGGAAGAUCGAUGAGCAGAACAAGGAAUACAAACUCCUGAACGAACAGCUCUCCACACUGACAUCAGCCCACUCCUCCGAGGUGGAAAAGCUGAAGAAGGAGCUGCUGCAGUACCAGCAGAGCCAGCGGGGUGAUGGCAACCAGCUUGUCAGCCUGCAGGAGGAGAUGGAGCACCUCAGGCUGGAGCUGGAGAGGGCUCAUGGGGAGAGGAAGGUGGUGGAGGACAGCUACAUGCAGGAGAAAGACCUGCUGAGAAAGCGUAUCUCCGAUUUGGAAGAAGAAAACGCUCUCCUGAAGCAGGAAAAAGAGGAGCUUAACAGCAGGAUUCUCUGUCAGUCUGAAGAUGAAUUUGCACGAAAUGCAGUUGAGGAAAAUAUCCAGAUGAAGAAAGAACUGGAAGAAGAGAGGUCUCGUUAUCAGAACCUGGUAAAAGAGUAUUCAAGUCUGGAGCAGAGAUAUGACAACUUGAGGGAUGAAAUGACGAUUAUAAAGCAGGCACCGGGGCACAGAAGAAACCCAUCCAACCAAAGCAGUCUGGAGUCUGAUUCCAAUAAUCCAUCCAUAUCCUCCUCUGACAUAGGAGACACCGACGAUGUGAUUCAACAAGUGGAGGAGAUUGGGAUGGAAAAAGCAGCCAUGGACAUGACUCUCUUCCUAAAGCUGCAGAAGAGAGUGAGGGAGCUCGAGCUGGCGAGGAAGAAGCUGCAAACCCAGCUGGAGAAGAAGGAGCAAGAGAGCAAGAAAUCCCAGGUUAUUGAAACAAAGACCAUGACUUCGGAACAGGAAGAUUUUGCAUACAACAGCCUGAAGAGGCAAGAGCUGGAGUCGGAGAACAAGAAGCUGAAAAAUGAACUGAACGAGCUGAGGAAGGCUAUUGCAGACCGAGCAACCCAGAACAACUCAUCCAGCGAUGUCCAGGACAGUUACAACCUCUUGCUGAACCACCUGAAAGCGGCCAACGAGGAGCUGGAAGUGCGGAAGGAAGAGGUGCUCAUCCUGAGGUCACAGAUCAUGAAGGCAGCCCAGCAAAAAGAGAUGGGGAAAAACAUGGUAAAGGAGAGGGAGAGAAUCCCCAGCAAUGCCAGCUGGCCCAACAGUGACAGGCACGUUGACCAGGAGGACGCGAUCGAAGCCUACCAGGGGAUGUGUGAGACCAACCGCAAGACUGAGGACUGGGGGUAUCUCAAUGAAGAUGGAGAGCUCGGCUUGGCUUAUCAAGGUUUAAAGCAAGUUGCCAGGCUGCUGGAAGCACAGCUCCAGGAUCAGAGGAGGAAGCACGAGGAGGAGAUGGAAGGUCUGAGAAACCAGCUGGAUGCAAUGCAAGAAGAGCUGCAGAAACAGCAGCAGGCCUCCCUGCAGACCCUGCAGCUCUCUCCGGAGGUCCAGGUGGAGUUGGGACUUCAGCAAGAAAUUACACGUCUCACCAAUGAAAACCUGGAUCUGAAAGAACUGGUAGAAAAGUUGGAAAAGAAUGAAAAGAAGCUGAAGAAACAGCUGAAGAUUUACAUGAAGAAGGUCCAAGAUUUUGAAGCAUCCCAAACCACGCUGCCAGCAGACAGGAGGCCACACGACAGUAACAUGCAAGCUGCUGUCCAGAGGAAGGAGAAAGAUUUUCAGGGCAUGUUGGAGUAUUACAAAGAAGAUGAGCCGCUCCUCAUCCGAAACCUCAUUACAGAUCUCAAGCCCCAGGCAGUGUCUGCUACUGUUCCCUGCCUUCCUGCCUACAUCCUCUUCAUGUGCCUCAGACAUGCAGAUUACAUCAAUGAUGACCAGAAGGUGCACUCCUUGCUUACCUCCACCAUCAACGGCAUUAAGAAAGUGCUGAAGAAACACCACGAUGACUUUGAGAUGACAUCGUUUUGGCUGGCGAACGUGUGUCGCCUCCUGCACUGCCUGAAGCAAUACAGUGGAGACGAGGGUUUCAUGACACAAAACACGCCGAAGCAGAACGAGCACUGUCUGAAGAACUUUGACCUGACUGAGUACCGCCAGGUGCUGAGCCACCUCUCCAUCCAGAUCUACCAGCAGCUCAUUAACAUAGCACAGGGCAUCCUCCAGCCCAUGACCGUGUCUGCGGUGUUGGAAAAUGAGAGUAUCCAAGGGCUUUCUGGUGUCCAGCCAAUGGGCUACAGGAAAUACAUCUCCAACUCACCAGAAGUUGACACAUCCUACAGCCUGGACAACAUGAUCCGCCAGCUGAACACGUUCCACAGCAUCAUGUGUGACCAGGGUCUGGACCCAGAGAUCGUCCAGCAGGUGUUCAAGCAGAUCUUCUACAUGAUCAAUGCGGUCACCCUGAACAACCUCCUGCUGAGGAAGGAUGUCUGCUCGUGGAGCACGGGCAUGCAGCUGAGGUUUAACAUAAGCCAGCUGGAGGAAUGGCUGCAUGGGAAGAAUCUGCAGCAGAGUGGAGCAGCACAAACUUUGGUGCCCUUGAUUCAGGCAGCACAGCUUCUGCAGCUGAAGAAGAAAACCUCGGAGGAUGCCGAGGCCAUCUGUUCCCUGUGCACAUCACUCACGACCCAGCAGAUCGUAAAGAUACUUAAUCUCUACACUCCUGUGAACGAGUUUGAAGAACGUGUGACAGUAGCUUUCAUACGAAACAUACAGAUGCACUUGCAGGAACGGAAUGACCCUCCACAGCUGCUGUUAGACUUCAAGCAUGUGUUCCCAGUUUCGUUCCCGUUCAACCCAUCCUCCAUCACCAUGGACUCCAUUCAUCUCCCUGCUUCUCUCAACUUGGAUUUUCUCAAUAAAGUCUGAAGAAAGUAGAAUUAAGCUCACCUCUCAUACCCAGAGACCUCCAACAAUGAAAGAAAAAAAUCAUUAAAGGAAUUCAAGGAGCUCUUUAAAUAUGGACCAAACAGGCUUGUGGAAGAACCAGUGCACAGUAAUAUAUGGAUGUUGAAAUGUAGAGUAAAAAGAGGGACUGGUCCAUAUGUUUUUGGGGUUUUUUUUGGUUGGUUGGUUGGUUUUUUUGUAAUUUGCGGCUCAGAAAUAAGGAUACUUGAAAAGUAGAUUUAUUUUUUACUGCUUGAUUUGAUGUUGACAUAGUUCAAAACCCAUAAUCAUCUCCAAAAGCCACUAACGAAAAGGAACAGGAAGUGGGAGACAGCAACGGCCUGGGAUGCUGCUUGUUUCCACUGAUGUGGAAUUUGUCACAAAUUCUAUGUUUGAGAAAUGCUGUUGUUCCUCCUGACUACAUCCAGUGCUUCUGCUUCAUGGGAAUUUAAAUAAAUUGGCAGCGUGGACUUUCCUCCAUUACCAAAUUUACAUUAGCAAAGGUUUUGUCGUAGCGAGAUAACCAUGAUACGAGAAACUGCCUUAAGCCUUCUGCUUGUAGAAUGGCGUCAUCCUGAUCCCUACUGUUGGCUUUCCCUGUGCUGGUAAGCGUCAAAAGCUUUCAUCCAGUGGCUAUCAAGGUUCUUGGACCUCUUACACGGCGUGUGUCAGAAUCUCAUGCAUAGAUCACGCUAAGGCAGCCCAGUUUAAUUACAGGGUCCCCAGCACUAAUUAGUUCCGUGUGUAAGUCCUAGCUGUAGCUGUCCGUGGAAAAACUCUGUGUUCAUGCCAGUAGCCACCCCAAAAUGCUACCAGUUGUGCAUAUACAGGGCUUAGAGAAAUGAAUACUUAAAAAAAAAAAAAAAGGUUUAAAAAAAAAAAGGAGUGAAAUGUUCUAACACAAAAAAAGUUGUCAGAUGGUGUGUUGGUAAUGUGAGCCAUUUCUUUAAGAAUGAACACGAACUCUUUGUCUACAACGACCUUAAAUAAAUAACUGCAAUCAGUGCAAACUGUUAGGAUUUUUUUUUACUAAAUUUAUUAGCUUCAAUUUAGAAACAAACCAACCUUCUGGCCUCACCACACUGAUGCUGGAGAGCACCAGCUGCUCACAAAGACAGUCACUGUUUUUUCUUGGUACUCUCACAACACAUUAAAUUUUCAGUGGCUGCUGAGCAGGGAAAGAGGUGGGUUCCCAUGGUUGAGUGGUGCUACCCAACUGCUCAGAGUGGUGAUGCUCCUGCCAUAGCACAGUGUGCCAAAUUGCAACCAGGACGUCUGGCAGCCAGCAUUCUGCCCUUUCCACUUCCACAAGGAUCUUGUCUGAAUAGAUCUUAACCUACCUGCUUUUGUGGUCCUGGUUUAUUUUGUGGCCCGCAAUUUCACGAUGGUUAAAAAGCUUUCAAAGAAAAACCCAAUCUCUCCAUCUGACUACUUUUAUUUGCUGUAAAUCGUAUCCAAACACUGCUACACUGUCUGCUCAGAGGUUUAAAGAAGAAUGUGAAGUGUCUUGAAGGAACACUAACUCCUGUCUGCUGCAGUUACCCUUUUAGGCUAGGAGUGUGUUUUGAUUUAAACAUCAUGUAUAUAAUCUAUGUAUAUACAAACUGUAAUAGUCCUGUAUGUACUAGAUAGCUGUAUAUAGUACACUUUUAAAGGAAAGCACAUUUUUAAAGGAAAAGCUGAGUGCUGUGAAGAAUUGUAUUGGUCUAUGCCAGUGGAUAAAUACCUUGUUUCAAAUGGAGACUGGUUUAGACUGGCUGUUACCACUGAAGGACAGACUUAAGGCUAAGAAAAUAUUUUUUCCCCCCUAACCAUCACCCAGCUAAUCACAGAAGAUGUUUUGCUUGUAUAGAGCCAGCACUACCUCCAAACUACAGUCCUUGAGCACUCACAUCUGCUGUGUAUUCAGUAGUGCCUUCAUCUCCCCUUUAUAUUCAAUGAGGGUAGUGCCACCAGUUUGCUGUCUGCGCCCAGCAAGCCCACACUCCUGUCACCCACUCAUCUACACCAUCUUUAUUUAUUUGUACCUACCUCUUUUCACAAUGAAUGUCUUUGCAGUGCUCUGAAUUUUUUUUUAAUUGUCUCCCAUCCCUUCCUUCCAAACUCUAGUAGUCAUCAUGGUUCAAGAACAGAUAAUUCGAAGUGGAAUUCACCCUUUUAACAGGUGGUUUUAACACAGAGCUAUUGCUCAGGAUUCAUAGUAGGUCAGCAGUUUCCUCUCAGGCACCUCAGGUCUCUACCUCUCACUGAAGUAAAUUAUUUGCAGUACAAUUCCCACGAGAUUGAUUUAACUAAUGCUUAUCACUCAGACUAACAACAGGUUGCUGCAGAAUCCUCUUCUGCAACAAUUUUGUUCCUGAUCACAAUUAUAAAAUGGGCUUAAUGGUCUUCUAGGGGAUAAUGGUCCUUCCACGUUCAGGAUCAUAAUUUAUAUGUACUUUCUUAAAAACUCUUGGUAUGUAUAGAUGGGAACUGGGAUUUAACGUCUUGAUCUGUGAUCAUGUGGUUUAUCCAGUAAG